AUGGGGGACCUGAGGGAUUCUGACAAACGCUGCAGUGACGGGGACCAUCCAGCGGGGGCGCUGUGGGUGUGUGCCGGCUGUGGAGGGGCCAUCAGGGACCCGGUGGUGCUGUGCGUGGGGUCUGAGCAGCAGUGGCACGCCGGGUGUCUGCGCUGCGCCGAGUGCCACUGUCCACUAGAGGGCAGCGUCAGCUGCUUCCUGAGAGACGGGAGGACUCUGUGCAGGGGCGACUACACCAGGAUGUUUGCAGUGAAGUGUGCAGGCUGCAAGGGGGCAGUCCUGCCCUCUGACCUGAUUCUGAAGGCCGGGGGACACGUCUACCACCCCAACUGUCUGUGCUGCUCGCUCUGCAAUCGGCUGCUAAUGCCUGGGGAUCACUUCACACUGGGGUCCCAGGGCCUGUGCUGCCAGGCAGAGCAUGCGAUGCAAGAGCCCCGGAUCUGUGCAGGGGAUAAGCCUAUGAGAUGGAAGGGAUGUGGUGACGGGAGAGGUGCACCCUGGGACAGGACGCGGAGCAGGGUCGGGGGGGUGAGGGUACGCACCGUGCUGAGCGACGGCCAGCUGAGGGCGCUGCGCUCCUGCUACUCCCAGACGCCCCGGCCCGACGCGCGAGUGAAACUGCGCCUGGGUCAGCUGACCGGCCUCAGCCCGCGCGUCAUCCGCGUCUGGUUCCAGAACAAACGCUGCAAGGACAAGAGAAGCAGCCUGAGGACCCGAAAUGCAGGAGAGCUGGGAUCCACGACCCUGCUGUACGCCACUGCCAGGCCCAUGGUGGUCGUGCCCCCCGAGCCACUCGACCCCGCCCUUCAGGUCUGCAUUUUCGAAUCGCCUUGGCAACCACUAGCAGAUCGUGAGGACAGGCCACUCCCCAAGACGGUAGAGAUCCCGGAGUUUGACUUUCGAGUCACAUGA